UGUGGGGGGGGGGGGGGGAGGGGGGUCGCGUGUGAGCAUGCGCAGAGAGACUGUGGGCUCGCGGUGCAGUCCCUGGAGGGUUCUCACGCUUUGGCUGUGUGGACUUUUAAGUUUUUCCGCUGGUUUCAGGAACGCGACCGGCAGCCUCGGGCAGGGGAGACAGGACUGUAGGUCAGAGAAGAGACAGCGCUUGGACUCCAGGAAUCCUCUGAAGCAGGAGACUGCCCUAUCCAGGUUACCCUUCCCGAGGGGAAGCCAGGGUCUCCUUCAGAAAGCUGGGGCAGGCCGGGCGCGGUGGCUCACGCCUGUCAUCCCAGCACUUUGGGAGACCGAGGCGGGCGGAUCACCUGAGCAGAAGAUGACUCAAGACCGGCCUCUGCUUGCCGUGCAGGAGGCCCUGAAGAAGUGCUUCCCCGUAGUGGAGGAGCAGCAGGGCCUGUGGCAGAGUGCCCUGCGGGACUGCCAGCCCCUCCUGUCCUCCCUCAGCAACCUGGCGGAGCAGCUGCAGGCCGCACAGAACCUGCGGUUUGAGGAUGUGCCGGCGCUUCGGGCCUUCCCUGACUUAAAAGAGCGGCUGAGGCGCAAGCAGCUGGCGGCUGGUGACAUCGUCCUGGACAAGCUAGGGGAAAGGCUAGCCAUCCUCCUCAAGGUGCGAGACAUGGUCAGCAGCCAUGUGGAGCGAGUGUUUCAGAUCUAUGAGCAACACGCAGACACAGUUGGCAUUGAUGCUGUCCUGCAGCCUUCAGCAGUGAGCCCCUCUGUGGCUGACAUGUUGGAAUGGUUGCAGGACAUCGAGAGACAUUAUCGAAAGUCAAAGGUACCUGAAGAGAAAGUAUCUUCUUUCCUCUAUCCAGUGGGGAGACUUGGCAAACAUACAAGCUUUGCCCAAGGCCUGGGACCGAAUUUCAAAAGACGAACACCAAGAUCUUAUACAAGAUAUCCUGUUGAAUGUUUCCUUCUUCCUGGAAGAGUAAGUAAGCUGUGCGUAUCUGGAGACCACGGGCACCACAGUUGAAGACUGACAUUCUGAACCCUGAUGUUUCUAAAGAAACGUCAGUAUUUCAGUCUGACAUAUGUGAAAUAUCAGUGCCUUGAACCUGAGGACUGGGUCUUGGGGAGGAUUAGCGCCUAGAUGUUUGAUGUUGGAGCUGCGGCAUGCCAGGCCAUGGCUGAGAGUAUGUGAGUCAUGCCUGAGGCUCAGGGAAGUGGAUGGAGAUAGAGAGACAGCAGGAAAGACGGUGCUGAAGAACACAGUGUCUUUCCUCCAUUGCGGACCCGAAGAGGUGGGGAAGCAAGGGCAGGAGGCAAAGAGCCACACUGCCCUUGGCAUCAUCCAAAGCGUUGUCUGGUUGACACCAGGUCCUGAUUUUGUGUCUUUUGUCAAUACCUGAAUCCUUGACAAAAGAAAAAGUGGUUUUGAUGAUUUAAAGAAAUAAGGGUGAUUUUGACAGAAAAUAUAUUUUAAAAAUUUUGACCAAUUGCAAUAGUUAUCCUCAAGCCAAUUUCCAGAGCCUGCCACCAGGGGGAGGUGGUGCAGCAUGAAUUAUUCUGAAUGCUUUGUCUUUGAAGUGUUCCCCUGUUGCUGUUACCAUCUCAGAGGAAGUAACUGGGCAUGGUGAGACUCCUAAAAUGACAGGACUUUUUUUGGCCAAAGCUGGCAUCUGACUUGCCACAUUCCUCUGAGUCUGGAGUAGCUGCAGGGGUGGGAGAAUGCCAGCCCAGAGUCAGUCUAUCGGGGUUACAUUUCCAAGGCCUGCUGCCUUCAUCUGUGUAAUGGCUGUGUAACUUUCAGAACUUUCAGCUUCCCAGGGUGUUGUAGAAAUCUUGGUCAUUGAAUGUAAAGGGGCUUAGUAAAGGGUAUAGAUAUUUUUCAAAAAUGAAGAUAACUUUUUUUCUUAUAAGUGAUAAGCUUUUAUAAAGGUCAUAGGAAAACUAGAAAAAAAUGUAAAAUGUGGAAAAUUGUAAAACAAACUUCAUUAGAGAUAUUUUGAUAUGUAUCUUUUCAGUGUCUAUUUACAAAUUUUUUCUUUUAACAUAGAUAGGGUCUCACUAUAUUGCCCAGCUCAAACUCCUGAGCUUAAGGGAUCCUCCCACCUCAGCCUCCCAAAAUGUUGGGAAUACAGGCGUGAGCCACUGCUCCUGGCCAAUUCACAAGUUUUUUUAAAGAACAAACGUGGUAUCAUCGAUACAUACUCUUAGGUUGUCUUUUUUUAAAAUCCUAAUGUAAUUUGUUCAUCUUUUUAUAUCUGUAAAUAUAGCUCAACACAGUUACAUUCCUUUUGUGAAUGUAUUAUAUCUACAAUUUACCUUUUUUCUUACAUUUUACAUGCAUUUUCCCAAAUCUUUGUGUUUUCCUAUCUGUAAAGGUAAUACAUUCUGAUUACGAAAAAUGAAAAUGUUACAUAGAAAUGUGCCAUUAUCCAUCUACCAGAUAACUAUUAUUAAUAAUGUGUAUUUUUCCAGGAAUUAAAAAAAAUCUAUCAUACAAGUAUUGCAAAUAAAACUUGAAAAGCA